CCAAACCUCUGCGCGCUCUACGCUCGUCUGAGGCCUCGUUCGGUGCUAUUGGCUUGUAAGCGCUCGCCGUGCGGCCCGGCCGCUUCGGGUCGGGCUUUUGUUCUGCGCCCUGGGCACCGGGCUGGGUUUCGUUCACCUCUGUUCUGGCGGAGGGCCGCCACCCGGGCCCUCGCUAUACCGUGGUCGCUGCGCGCUGAGCGGGCGCGGUCUGCGGUUCUUCGCCAGAGGUGGCAGGCGGGCUUGUUGCAGCUUCGCGUUCCUUCCGGUUUCGGAAGGAGAAGCAGAGCUUUGUUUUGCUUUUCGGUUUCUUUCUGUGUCGGUCUUCCGCGCCUGGCCUCUGCGACCCAGUGGAAUUUGCCUUCCACUGCCUCCCAGGAGCGCCCAGGCCUGGGUUUGCGCCGCGGCCCGCAGCAUCUCCGAAGCUGUUUGCAUUAAGAGUGCCUUCCUAGAAAAAUGGAAAAACAGGAUUAGAGGCGUGAAUAUACUCACUGUGGGAGAGACUAAAAGGUAAAAUUGUAUUCAGGAUCUUGCUGUGUAGGCAAAGCUGGCCCCAAAACUGUGACCCUCUUUCUCCAACCUCUGAUGCUGGGAUUACAGGUGUGCACUGCUUUGACCACUUGUAGUGUUGGAAUAUACACAUUUCUGAAAGAUUUAUGACAUUCAAAACCACAGACUUUACAAUACUGCUAAGCCAGAUCAACUAUGAGUUGGAAUGCAAAACCAGAGAAUGCUGUUGCCAAACCCCCAAAGUUUUCUAAAACGCAUUCAUCUAUAUUACAACAGUUUUUAAUGACUUCUACAACUUCUCAAAGUUCUUUCAGCUAUCCUGCCCAUAACCAAGAAGCAUGCAUGUAUUCCAGUAACUCAAAUUCAGUUUCCCAGCCACUUCUGAGCGGCAGAAAUUAUAUGACUCCUCAGACUCAGAUCUCUGUUUCUGACAUGCCUAGUAGGACAAUUGUGACCUCACAGUCUUCAAUGGAAGGAGUUGUAUGUACAAAUGUUAAAGGGCCCCAACAACCAAACCACAAUUUGCAGACAGUGUCUUCAGGAGUUAUGCAAAAUGUCUGGUUUGGCUCAUCAGUGAAGAAUUUUAUGCCUUCCCAUACAGAAGCAACCAUAUCCCAUAAUCCUGAUGGAAGGACUAAUAUGCCUUACAUGCAAACACCACAGAGUCAGCUCGUCACAUCAGAUACCUAUUCUAUGCAACUGCAAAUGGUUCCUUUUAAUCCUGGGAAAGUUCCUGUAGCGUAUCAAGGAAAUCAGGGACUCAAUCACUUCAUACCAGAUCAGCUGGCUGACUGGACACAGUAUACAUCCAGUGAACUAACUUAUCCAGAAUACAGGCCACCUCUGAAGCAAUACUCCCGCAUACUGCCAGCCACUACAUCAUUACAAGUUAAAAAUAAUCCGCUUCCAACUUACACACAGGCCUUACAGUCAAAGCAUUCUGCACCUUUGUCUUCACAUCCAUAUGCUGCAGAAACCAGCAAAAGACUCUCUGCCCUUCCUUACAGCUGUAGAUAUGGAAGCCAACAUGUACAAAAUACUCAGCCUGUUUCUAAACACUUGCCUAUGGAAGUCCCUCAGAGUCCAGAAGUGCACUCAUCUGAAAAAAAGCAAGAUUCUUACAGAGGCUUUAAACAGCAGUGGCAGAACCCUAAUGAAUCAUUCACCAUUGGAAAAUUCUCUGAUUUGAAAAUAAAUGCCAAGCAGUCUUAUAGUGACACUGUUAGAUCUUCUGGGGAUGGUGUUCAGGCGCUUGUUCAGAAUAAUCAAGAGAAAAGAAAAUAUCCCUACAGUCCAAGUACAAAUCAAGUAAUAGACACAAAUGCCACAAAAGAAAAACUGGCGAGGGAUAUUAAAUCACUAGUAGAAAUAAAAAAGAAGUUUACAGAACUUGCAAGAAAAAUUAAAAUUAAUAAAAGUCUUUUGAUGGCAGCUGGUUGUAGUAAAACAGCCAAUACUUCUUAUACUGAACCAAUUCAGCAUUCUGAAUUUUCAGCAAAAGAAAUGUCUGCUAAAAAUGGCAACGACUGCUCCAUGGAAUUGCUAGCAACAUGCCUUUCUCUUUGGAAAAACCAACCUCCAAAAACCACAGAAGAAAAUGUCCCAAAACCUUUAGAAGAAAAACAGUGUAACACCUCACGAAUCAGUACAACGGUAGUUGGCAGUUCACAUCCCACAAACGAAGUUCACACUAAGAGUUUUUGUUCUGGUGUUGGGAAUUCUCAGAAACUGCUGAGCUCAUCACAAACAAUAUUGUCAGUUCUCACUCCGAGUGGUGAGUCUUCAGGUGUAGCUGUUGGAAAAGGAACAGAGCUUCAGAUUGCUGUGGUGUCACCUUUAGUCCUUGCAGAUACUAAUCCCUCACCUGGAAAAGAGUUAGUGCCUGAAAUUUUACCAGAACCGCCGUAUCCAGUUGUUAAGGAAGGUAGUAUUUGUAGCUUACAACACCAACAGGCAGAAACUGCUGCUUUACCUUUUCACAUUACAGGAGUAGUAGCAGAUAGUAACCUGUCAGUGGAGAUGUCUCUGCCUGUUCAAAAGGAAAAGCAGCAUAAACCAACACAGGGUAAUCCAGACAUAGCUGAUCACGGUUUAGGAAAACUUUCUCCCCUGGGUACCGAAGCUGUGCCUAACUCUGUGGAUAGUACCACUGUGAGUGGACCCAUGUUACAAAUCGAAAGUAUCUGUUCUCUUGCAGAAGGGGAUGUAUCUUACAAUUCCCAGAUAGCAGAGAUAUUCAACUCUGUACAAAAUGAGCCCCAGAAACCUUCACCUAAUCAGGUAGUUAAUAAUCAACAAGAACAAGUAGAUGGCACCACUGAAAAUAAAGACUUUAGCCUUCAGAAGGAUAAGAAGUAUAUACGGUAUACAUAUGUUCCUCGUGAGGUCACUGAGCAGCCAGAGCUGCUGCAGCCUGAAGAGCCAGCAUCUUGCGAGUACGUGGAAGCAAACACAGAAACCAUAGAGGAAAGCAGUAGGGAAUGCAGUGGUGGGAAAGAAAGCACAGCUGAGGAUGUCUGUUCACCGGCUGGUUUUCAGCAGGAUCCUCACCCUCAGGAAACUGAUACGUUAAGCAAUAAGUCAGCCCACUGUCUGCCUGCAGUGAACGAGAUUAAUGAUGAAAGUGAACCUGUCUCAUACCUACAUGACCAGCUGUCAGAACUUUUGAAAGAGUUCCCUUAUGGCAUUGAAACUGUUAGCAGACAUGAAGUGUCUGUGGACCGACAAAAGACACACAAAAUCUUAGAAAAUGAAACUGGCGAUAAGACUGGUAACGUGUUUGGGGAUAGCACAGACCAAAUAAAAAUUACAGUAUUAAACUCUGAACAAAUCAAAGAACUGUUUCCUGAAGAGGAUCAGCCCUGUGACUUAGACAAGUUGGCAGAACCUGAGGGGAAAAAUGUUGCAGAAGUGAAGAGCCCAUGUGACUCACAGGUCCCCAGAGAAGAAAGCCAUGACUUUGGAAUGUUGGACCCAGAGAAAGACAAAAUCCAUUGCUGUGCCUUGGGUUGGCUCUCAAUGGUUUAUGAGGGUGUGCCAAAGUGUCACUGCAGUUCCACUGAAGAGAAGGGGAAAGACCAGUGUUUGGAUAUGAAGAGCUGCAAACAAGGAGAGCAGCCCUGUAAUAAUGGAAUCACUAUUUUUGAAAUUAAUCCUGUUUCUAAUAACCCCAAAACUCCUCUGACCCAAGCAGCUGAGAAAGGCCAUUUUUCUGAAAUGCAUGGUGAUAAGACCAAAGGAUCUAAAACAAAAGACAGCAGAGAGGAACAGGAACAUUUUUCAGCUAAAUGUUACAAAAAAGAUAAAGAUAAUUUUAAAAUGAGACAUGAUAGCUCACUGAAAAUGGAGCAAAAACUAAAAAAUACUUCAUCUGAAUGUGACAGACUAAAUCCCUCAAAAAGCAGUAAAAUAGCAACCCCCGAAAUACUUCAUGUAAAAACUUCCAAUUCUGAUAAAAAUAUGUCAUUUUUUAAACAAGCUUCUCAGGAAAGCCUACAGAGAAAACCCACUUCCCAAGGUUCAAAUCCAGUAAAAGCACCUGUAGAACUUCCUUCAAAUACAGAUCCAUGCAGGAGGAACACCUCAUUGGUACAGUUUGUGUCACCAGAAAAGAAAAAACUAAAAUUCAAAGCAGGUGGCUCCAGACUGAAAUAUUUUGAAAAAAGAAAGACAGACAACAUGAUUAUACCAGAUACGGAGAUAAAAAAGAAGAAAUAUGAAAAGCAAGAGCAGAACAAAAACGCUGGAGAGACACUCAAAUUGUGCAGUGCUCUGAGGGAAUCCAGUGAAAGAGCCAGUGUUCAAGAGAACGCUGUCCCAAGUCCUGAGUCCUCAGACUCGAAGGGCAGCUCCUCGAAGAGUACUAGAGUUAUCACAGUGCAGGAGUAUUUACAACGGCGGAAAGACAAACAUGUAACUGGGAGUGACGCUUCCGGAAACAUCUGUGUAGAAAAUGUGUUGUGUAACUCUGAACACAUGAAGACCAGCAAGGAUUCUGCAGAAGUAAGCUGGGAAAAGUCAGCUGAGGGGCAGAGCAUCCGUGCAGAGACCUCAAAAGAACCAGGACGUAAUUCUACCAGCCAUGGUAAAGCUUUCAAGAUCCACCAUUCUGAAGUGUCUAGAACACACAGUGUGUCAAGUAGUAGUAAAGGGAAGCAGCCUGACAAAAUCUAUAAGGCCCGUACGAGUAAUGAGCACAGCCAGGUGCCUCUUCAGGUAAAGGAACAAAGGAAACAGUACUUGAAUCGAGUUGCAUUUAAAUGCACGGAACGGGAAAGCAUAUGUCUCACAAAGUUGGACAGUGCAUCCAAGAAGCUUAGUACAGAGAAAAAGGAGAGUGAGGCACAUACACUCAAGACAAAAAACAUAGACAAACCUAGUAUGCUAGAGUUUAAAUUAUGUCCAGACGUACUAUUGAAGAACACAAGCUCUGUUGACAAGCAGGAUGAGCCUGAGCCUAAGAAAGAGAAAGCACCUGUGCAAGUUUCAGGAAUAAAAAGUACGAAAGAAGACUGGUUAAAGUGCAUCCCUACAAGGACAAAGGUGCCUGAAUCAAGUCAAGAAAUAGGUAAGCCAUCAUCUGUUUCCUUUUUUGUUUUGUUUUUAAGUUGCCAGCUUAUGUAUGUAUAACACGGAUAUAAUUGCAAUAUUAUCACAGUGCACAGUUUUAUUCAUAAUCUUGUGUUUUAGUCACUUGGUGUUUGUUUGUUUCUGAAGGUAAGAUACCAUUGUUUUCUCUGUCAGGAUGGAUGAGGGAAGCCAGAAUCUAGUUCCUUUUAACCGGAAAAUAAUCACAAUGAAUUAGGUGAGGGAACUUUGAAUCUUUUCUUGAGUAGGGCUAGAGAUAAUGAUUUUCUUGAUCAGAGCUGACUUCAAUUCUGACAUUGAAUCGAGUGAUAUGUAAAUAAGAGUAUUGUGUAAUUGGGAUUAAACUGUUCACUAAGCUCUGUGGCAGGAUGGAUUGUCCUCAAGUAAUGUCUUUCAGCCUCCAUUUAAUUUUUUGCAGGCUGAUUCAUUCAUUUACUUAAACAAGGUAGGCAAGUGUAUUUCCAUUUGUCAUCUGCCUCACUACAUCGCUAGAAUGGGGACUUGGACCCGGUCUGGUCCCUUUAUUUAAAGUUUAUUGAGGAUAAUGGUGUAAGUAUUUAAAGGACAGAAAGCUAGUAGUUAUCAUGGUAGCUUUUAUUUGUUUGUUGGAGGUUGGGCUCAGCAACUGUCUAUCUGGUAGGCUAACCUUGUACCCAUCAUGAACUUCUUCUGUGCUGAUGAGAAUAGAAUCCAGGGCUCUGUGCAUACUAAACAAGAACUGUAUUAGACGGAUCCUCAUUGUUUAACUAAAAG